ACCUCCCAGGGAAGCAGAGGGACACAGUAAGGGAGGGAGGAUAAGGAGAGUGAGCAACAGAGAAAGAGAGAGGGGGGGGGGGCUGGCUUGUGUAGAAUCAGUUGUUUUUUUCCUCCACUCAUUCACUGCAUUUUUCCAGACGGCGUGUGCAAACUUAGGCUCCGUACCUCACUGCCUGCCACCCAUAUCUCUGUCUUUCUCUCUCUGAUUCAAUUAUUCAUUCCUUCUGAUGCUUUGUGGAUGCAAAUCAGGGAUAUUCCAGCCUCUGAAUCCAACCCUCCUGUCCGUGCCUCUUCUCCUCUUAUCCCUGUCUCAGCUGCACUCUUCUCCGAUUCCUAUCCAUUAGAAAUGUGGUGCUCUGUGGUUCUGGUUGUCUGUGGAUUCUCUGCUUUGGUCCAGGUGUCGGUGCAGGGCCCUCACCAGAGGACCCUGUUGAAGAACCUACUGAAGGACUACAAUCGUAUGGAGAGGCCGGUGGGCAACGAUUCACACUCCCUCACCGUCUUCUUCUCUAUCAGUCUGAUGCAGAUCAUGGAUGUGGAUGAGAAGAAUCAGGUCGUCACCACUAACAUCUGGCUUCGGAUGAGCUGGUUUGAUCAUUAUCUUCAGUGGAACCAAUCUGAAUACCCUGGAGUGAAAAACCUUCGGUUCACAACUGACCAGGUGUGGACGCCAGACAUUCUCCUCUAUAACAGUGCAGACGAUGACUUUGACUCUACCUUUAAGACCAAUGUGCUGGUUAACUCCAGUGGCUUCGCAGAGUAUCUCCCUCCAGGGAUUUUCAUGAGCACAUGUAACGUGGACGUACGUUGGUUCCCCUUCGACAUCCAAAAGUGUGAGAUGAAGUUUGGCUCGUGGACGUACGAUGGCUGGCUGAUGGACCUACAAAUGAAUGAGGCCGACAUCUCCGGGUACAUGUCCAACGGGGAGUGGGACCUAGUGGGAGUGCCAGGUACUCGUAGCGAGGUGUUCUAUGACUGUUGUAAGGAGCCCUACCCUGACGUGACGUUCGUUGUGACCAUCCGCCGGCGCACUCUCUACUACGCUCUAAACUUGCUCAUCCCCUGUGUGCUGUUAUCCUCCAUGACCCUGCUCAUCUUCUUACUGCCUGCCGACUCUGGAGAGAAGAUCUCUCUGGGUAUCACUGUGCUGCUCUCUCUCACUGUCUUCAUGUUGCUGGUGGCAGAGAUCAUGCCAGCCACUUCAGAUUCCAUCCCUCUCAUAGGACAGUACUUUGCCAGUACUAUGAUCAUUGUUGGGAUGUCAGUCAUAGCUACAACGGUGGUGCUGCAGUAUCAUCACCAUGACCCAAACGGAGGACAGAUGCCCAAAUGGGUUAAUGUGGUCCUACUGCAGUGGGUAGCAUGGUUCCUACGUAUGAAGCGCCCAGGGGAGAGUGAUGACCCAGAGCGACCACCCUGCGCCCCCCACCUACGGCGCUGCUCCUCAAGCUCCCAGAGCGGUAGCAUCCCUAACCCUCCAGACCCCACACUCCACCAACUCCACCCCCAGAACCUGGCCCCUCUCCAGGCUGGCCCCCAGCACUUGGGUCAUCCCCAUCUUCACGCCCAGUCCAGCGCCAACAACAAUGGAAACCUGCUCUACAUUGGCUUCCAGAAUCUGGACGACCCCCCACUGCUCCCAGAUCACAUCCAGAAUUACAGCAUCUCGGCCGGGCCUCCUCGAGUAGCAGGCAGUCCCCCUCCCCAUCUGCCCCCUCCAUUCUGCAGCCCUCCGCCACCCCCCACCCCCAACGCGGACACCGUGGGCUGCCCUAGCACCAUUUCCAGUGGCGGAGUCUUCGGAAUGGGGGGUGGAGGACAGUACUCAGCAGGGCGUAUAGGCGACCCCCAGCUCCAGGCUAUUCUGGAGGAAGUGCGUUACAUGGCGGACCGCUUCCGUGAGCAGGAUGAGACAGAGAGCGUGGCCGACCAGUGGAAGUUUGCGGCAGCAGUCAUCGACCGGCUCUGCCUGGUGGCCUUCAGUGUGUUCAACAUCAUCUGCACCAUCGCCAUCCUCAUGUCCGCUCCCAACUUUGUGGAGGCCGCCUCCAAGGACUUCUUCUGAGGAAGAAGAGGAUGGGGCAGAGGAGGAGGAGAUAUUAAGAGUGAGGGGAGAAGUAGGGGAGAAAGAGCAGGAUGUGGAAUGAUUUGGGGCUCAGUCUAAGAGGGCUAUUGUCGGGGACAACAGACCCUCGUGUCAAGAUGAGGGGGGUUCUUUGGAGAUGUCUACAGUACAUCUCAAGAUGGUCUAUUGAAGUCUAUCAAGGACGUCUGAUGAAAUGGAACAGGAUGGGGAGGGAUGAGUUUAUGGGAGAAGAAUCAAAAAAGGGAUGGUUCAAGGACUGUAGAGGGUGAAGUCAAUUGUAUUGAACUAUAAGGCUUUCUCAAAGACCUAUAAGAAGUGAAGGUGAGCAGGAUGGGCAAUAAGAAAAGUGGAAUAUGGGAUAAUUCAACCUGAGAUUGGGAAGAUUGCAGUCCCUACAGAGAGAGACAGAGAGGAACAUACAGAUAUAUAGGGCUGUUUGAUUUACUGGCAGAGAGAAGAUAACCCUUCACUCUCAAGUCCCAGAAAAGGCAAAGAAAGACGGCAUCAUUUACUGAAAGGGGGGACCGGGAAGGAGGGGGAGAGACUGACUUUUACAAGGAGAGACAACAAGGAAUGAGUGUGUGAACAGACAGAGGUAUUCUAUGUUGACAGCGAAGGAGGGAAGGUCCAACAAACUAAUCUGGGCAGUGUUAAUGUGAACACUUAGAUCUCCAGGAUAAAACAGAAGAACACAUCAGAUGAGAGGAAUAAAAAUUAAUCUCAUCUUU